AUGAUCGCUGAUUCUAGGUCUUUAAGACACCGCAGUCAAGGUUACGUUUCUUACGUCGUAGAUAGUGAAUUGGAGAAGCGAACAAACAUGCGCAGCAGUAGCAAUGAUGCAGAUAGAAGAACUUGCAAAAGAGGUCAAAAAUCAAAAAAUACAUACAGUCAGAGAUAUGGAUACACAGAUCGAGAAAACACAAUUAACCUUUCACCAGAAACUCUAUUUCAUAAUCCAGGUCUGUCAUUUGUAGAUGAUGUGUACCUUUCUUUUGUGCGUAAUCUGUGCAAUUCAGUUGUUGUGUUGUUAUCCUUGCCUCCAUCCACAUUUACAUGCAUACAAUAA